AUGCAGACAAAGGCAAUGAAGCAAAAGUUGAAUUUUAAAGAAAGGCUAAUUUCAACUGCCCGAAAGCCAGUCUCCACCAAAGAGCUCCUCAGCAGGCUUGAAAUUCUAUCUGAUGAAUUGUCUUCCCUCGACCAAGAUGAAGUUGAUACCGGAUCACUGGAGCAUGUGAAAUCAGAAUUAAUAAGUAAAAAGCUGCUUCAUCAUUCGAAUGCUGGUGUCCAAUCAUAUGCCGCAUGUUGCAUUGUGGAUAUUCUUCGACUAUACGCCCCAGAUGCUCCAUACAGUGCACCUGAGCUCUCACAAGUUUUUCGGCUCUUUUACAGGCAGUUGAAAGGACUUACAGAUUCGGAUCAUGGAUAUUACAGUCAGUAUAUGUAUUUAGCUACAAGAAUUGCUGAAGUGAAAAUUGCAAUAUUGUUGACUGAUCUUCCAGAUGCACCAAAACUUGCCGAGGGAUUAUUUCAGGUGGUUUACCAGGUUGCCUCCGUUAACAAUCUGGAUAAGGAGUUGAAACCGAUAUUGCUUGAGAUUUUAACAGAGGUGAUCAGCGAAUCAAAUACUUUGCCGGAGGGUGUGAUGAAGCUUAUGCUCAACAAGUUUCUUCAACAUUUUAAGCAAGCACAUGGGCGUCAUCCAAUUCAUGCAGUUCCUGCCUUUGGAUUUACAGUGACUCUCUUCACAUUGAAUGCUGAUAGACUCUCAAGAUUGGUUACUUUGUUUUUCUCCGAAAUAAUUUAUGAUGCUCUAAAGUUUACUCAGGAAGAGGACGAAGAUUUCAACAGUUCCUCGUCGAGCGACUCCGAAUCUGAUUCUGAAGAUAGCUCAUUAAGUAUUCGUCAGCUUGUCAAGGUGAAUCAAAUAGUAAUAGAAAUUUGGCGUUAUGUUCCAGAGGUAACUUCUUCUGUGAUGGGUCUUUUAAGCAACGAACUUGAGGCAGACAAUGAUAAUAUCAGAGUUGCCGCCACAAAAGCCAUUGAAUCCAUUCUCAGCUUUUCCAAUUCACCUUUGAACUUUCUUCAUGAGCAUCAGGAUGUUUACAAGAAAUGGAUGAAGAAACCAUUUGACCGAUCUCUGGCAGUGAGAAUUGCAUGGGUUAAAAGGACGCCCAGACUUAUUGAAAACAGAAGCGACACAGCAGAAGAUAUUCGAGAUGGAUUACUAAAGACGUUAGUCGAUUCUGAAGCGGAAGUUCGGCUUUCCACCAUCCAAGCACUCAGCACAUUGGACACCAAUACAUUCACAUCAAGAAUUGCUUCCAAGUCGAUUAUGGAUACACUAUAUCAACUUAUGAGGGAGAAACACUCCCAGAUUCGAGUGGAGUGUAUUAACUUCUUAGCCCGCCUUUACAACGAGCAACUUUCGAAUCUUUACAGCGGGAAUGAUGACCUUGAUCAGUGGGUCGGCUCCUUCCCGGAUCAUCUUUUGAAUUUAAUUUAUAUCAAUGAUAAACUUGUGAAUUCAGAAGUCGACAUGGCACUAUUUGAGAAAUUGUUUCCAUACCAGCCUGACUCUAAGAAGAGAACACAUAAACUUCUUGCAGUCUUUUCUCAUCUUGGGUCCAAAGCGAAGAGUUCGUUUUUUGCUUUGGCAAGAAGACAGGUUCAACUCUGUGGUUUUCUUCCAAAAUUACUAGAAUUUGCGGGUAGUGUGAACGGAGAUGAUGAUGAUGAUGAUGAUGGCAGAGAUGAAAUUGAUAACAGCAGUGAUGAUGCAAUAAAGCUGGAUAGGGGAAUACUGUGGCUAUGCUCUGAUAUGCCACAGACUGGAAAUCCGGCUGCUUCUUUGAAGCAUUUCCUUUUGAUGAAAAACAAACGACUAUUUAGACUUGUCAAGCUAGCAAUAUCACCUAUGACAUCGGAUUACGAAACCGUGCAAAACUCAUUGAGCGAAUUAUUUGAAAUCGUUAAAAAGGAAGACGUCGACACUAACUCAAAACUGCACAUUUACAGCACCGUGAAACUCGUUAUGUACAGAGCUGCAUGCAUAUGCUACAAUAAAAGCAAUCUUUCUGAGCUUAUGGCAGUGGCAAGAGAUCUAUCAAGCCCGCUUUCAUCAUCAGCCAUACAGUUGAUUGACAGCAUAUCUCGUUUGACCCCAGAAAUUUUAAAAUCGAAUAUAAUGGAACUUAUAUCUGAAACAUGUAAGGAGAAUGACUCGGCCAUUAUAGUAUCAGACUUGGGUGCAAUUGUGAAUUUUGUUCGCAAAUUCCCAACAGUUGUUAAUGAUAAGCUCACGCAACAAAGCUCUCAACAAUCACAUAGCGAUAUCACAUUUUAUGAGAAGUUGGUUAGAUUUGCAACCGUUGGCUCCCCGCUUGAGGCUAAAUAUUCUGUUCAGAUAAUAGCAAAUACCAAGUUUGCACUUCGAGAAUCUUAUUUACAGGAUAUAUUGGAAGGUGUAUGGCCGUUAAGUGACGAUCCAAAUAAAUUGUGUACUGCCUUGAGCUCAAUAUCGGAGAUGUUUUUAGCAGAUAUGCUACUUUUGGAACCUAAAACAAAAGAACUUAGUACGUUUCUAGCGUCGAAAAUAUUACUCAAGAAUAACUUUCUUGACCAGAAGCAGUAUGAAGCAGAGAGUAAUGACGUUUGGAUAUCUGAUGAACAUUUGAUCACAGAUGAAACUUCCUGUUACGUGAAACUUCUUGCCCUAAGAUGCCUUACCAAUUGGUUGGUAGCUGUAAAGUCGGAUACGCAGAGUGAUCUUAUUUCUUUGAGUGAGCCAAUAUUUAAGCUUCUUAGAUCAAUUAUAGUUAACGGUGGUGAAAUUAUUUCCAAAAAGGAUGCUACUUACCCAACACCGAAAUCAUACCAAUCGCGACUUCGGCUUGAGGCUGGUCUUAUGUUGUUAAAAUUGGCGGAAUGUGGAAGCUAUGAUGCUCAACUCAAUGUGGAUGUUGUCGAAGAGUUAAUUUUCCUUGUGCAAGAUGAAAAUAAGAAUGUGCGUGAUUUAUUUUUGGACUCUUUAACGAAAGCUUUGUCAUCCCAGAAGGUACCAAAGAAGUUUGUUCCCCUCGUUAUGUUUUAUGCACAUGAACCUGAUAGCAGCAUUCAGAAAAAAGCUGCGACGUGGAUCAGAUCAAUGUUUAACCGGGAGUUACGACUUCACGAUAGUUGGAAUGACUUGCUUUUUGAGACAUCGUACGUCAGAUUGAUUUAUAUGCUUUCUUCUCAUAGCGAGUUUAAAAAUAUCUACCGUGAAUACACAUCUGCGGAAGAAAACACCGGUGGGAAGGCACAGGCAUUCUAUAAUCUAUCGGCAUUUGCCUCUGCAUACCUCAUCUUUGCGGUUGAAAUAAUAUCAACGGAGGACAAUAUAUCUUUAUUGUUCUACCUCACUCAAAGAGUUAAGCAAUAUCAAAGUGUACUGUUAGAUGCUGGGCCCGAAAGAUUAGACAGGCAGCAGAGUGACUUCAAGAAUGAAGAUGAAAGGCUUUAUUUUGUUUCUGAUCUUGCUCAACUAGUUGUUAAGCAAAUAUCAGAAAUGAGGAAAUGGUAUACUACUACAUGGCCAGGUAAGAUGGCUUUGCCUUCGGAUCUCUAUCAAAAGAAUAGAUCUAAGGAGCUGGUGCAGGAUGUUGUUAAAUCAUCAUUUAUUCCUGAGCAGUAUUUGGCGGAAGUGACUAGGGUGGUGAAAACUAGUUGUAAGCGCUUUAAAAGUCUCCCAAAGAAUCUCACUAUGGGAAAACGUGUUCGUCAGGAUAAAGACGAGGGUCAACGAAAAGUUUCAAUUCUUGAAAUUGAUGCCCAAGAAGUGGCCAAAGAUAAGAGACCUUUUAAUAGAAGAGAUACCAUUGCUACUAGGGUGUUGAGAAGAAGCGGUGAAUGA